CCCUGUCUGCCCUAUAUGUUACAUUUCCAGCUCUCUCCUCUCAAAUUUCGACGCAAGCAGACGUCCGCGGCACAGCGAGGGUGCGCAUCCCAGAGCGGCGCGGCGGGCAGCGCGCAGCGACGACGCGGCAGCAGCAUCUCUCUCUCUCCCUCCCUCCCUGCCUUUUGUUGCAAACCGGCACAUUGGAUGGUGGAUUUUGUUUCUCACACGGAUUUGGAUCGGGGUAACUUCACAUGGGACAGAACCCGCCUUCUUCUUCCACCUCCACCCGGCGAUUUGACGACGAAGAGGGGGGAAACCGGAGGCAGCUGGAGGAGCGCAAGUGACAGAUACGCAGGAGACAUGUUUAUCCACGCGUUUCCGUCCACCAGCUGAUUGGGGAUAGAGGCGAACAAAGCGGCGCGGAAUCUGUCUUAAAACAAACCGAUAUUCGGAAGAGAAGCGUUAGGGGGGGGGGGAGGAUGUGGAAGCAGGGACCGGGGGUAGGAUGGUGAGAUGUUCGCUUCGCACCGAAGGAUACGAUCUGAGCGGCGGGGAAUAAUAACGCACUGAGCCCCAACUUUGUUCAAAGGCCUCUCAGACAGCAUUAUCUCAUUAAGAAGGCAUUUCACUUAGGGGCGGGUUUGUUUUUUUAGCUUUUAAAUCUACACCUUGGAGUGUUAAUAAACAAUCUGCCCUAAAAGCUCUGUGUUUAUGUUUAUUAUUAACGUUACAUCCUCCUUCAUGUUACCACGUUUCUAUACCAGAGCUGUAGGAGGAGGCAGUUCUUGCAUUCACUUAUGCAAAUCCAAUCGAUAGCGAGAUAAAGCCACUGGGGGUGUUUGGAGUCCAGCAUAUUUAGUUUUUUUUUUUUUUUUUACAACAGCCCAGAGGCAGCAGAGGCGCUUUAACCAAAGCACGGCGUUUUCUCCUCUGUAAAGCCUCAAAUCAAACUUUCAAUGAUUUUCCGAAAGUUGCCCGGUGUGUCAUCAUCGGGCAUGGGUCUGCGCCUGUCCCAGAAGUUUGUAUUUUUACUUUUCCUCUCCGGUUUAGUAACUCUCUGCUUCGGAGCCCUCUUCUUCCUGCCGGACUCCGUCCGACUAAAGCGCAUUUUCCUCUCCAAGACAGAAGCGCAGCCGGUCACCGUCGGCUCAGGGUCCGAGAACGAUGUCAGGGAGCACCUGAAAAGACCCAAGGAUGUGGAGCGCAGCAGGGGCCUGGCCUCUGGUAAAGGAGAGCUGAAGAGCCGCAAACCAUCCGUCUCUAAUGAAGCCACGGAGGAGCGGCUGGCAGGAGGCAAAGCUCAGGAGGACCUGAGCUUAUCCAGGUCCAGAGCGGACUCCUUGUUGGGGGGAGUCUCUGGCGGUGACAACGAUGCCAACUCGGAUACUUUUAAUUUCAAGAAGUUUCAAAGGUGCCUGACCAAACCUGCUUUGGGGAGAGAUGGUGGGAGGCCGGCUGACCCCAAAACCAAUGACCGCCGGGAGAAAGUCAAAGAGAUGAUGAAGUUCGCCUGGGAUAACUACAAGCAAUACGCCUGGGGCAAAAACGAGCUGCGGCCUCUGACAAGAAAUGGCCAUAUCGGCAACAUGUUUGGUGGACUUAGAGGCGCCUCUAUUGUUGACUCACUGGACACCUUAUACAUUAUGGGACUGAUGGACGAAUAUAAUGAUGCCAAGGAGUGGGUGAAAACUAGUUUGGACCUAAACUCGAAUGGUGAGGCAUCCCUUUUUGAGGUGAACAUCCGUUACGUCGGCGGGUUGCUUUCAGCGUACUACCUGACAGGAGACGAGCUUUUCAGAAAUAAAGCAGUGGAGCUGGGAGAAAAGCUGCUACCAGCCUUUAACACACCAACAGGGAUCCCCAGAGGAGUCAUCAACUUGGGGAGUGGUACCAGUUGGAGCUGGGGCUGGGCUUCAGCUGGCAGCAGCAUCUUGGCUGAGUUUGGGACCCUUCACCUUGAAUUUGUGCAUCUGACAGAGCUAUCUAAGAACCCUGUCUUUGAAGAGAAGGUGAUGAGCAUCAGGAAGCUCCUGAACAAGAUCGAGAAACCUCACGGCUUGUAUCCCAACUUCCUCAGUCCAGUCAGCGGCAACUGGGUCCAGCAUCAUGUUUCCAUCGGUGGCCUCGGAGAUAGUUUCUACGAGUAUUUGAUCAAAUCCUUCCUAAUGUCAGACAAGACAGAUGUGGAAGCAAAGAAGAUGUAUUACAGCGCGCUUGAUGCGAUUGAAGCUAACCUGGUGCAGAAGUCACCUGGUGGCCUCACCUACAUGGCGGAGUGGAGGGGCGGCAUCUUGGACCACAAGAUGGGUCACCUGGCCUGCUUCUCUGGGGGCAUGAUUGGCAUCGGAGCUGAUGAUGGUGUACCAGAGAAGAGGCAGCAUUACCUUGACCUCGCUGCCGAAAUCACACACACAUGCCAUGAGAGCUACACCCGCUCAACAACUAAACUGGGACCCGAGGCCUUCAGAUUUGACAGCGGAGCAGAAGCUACAGCUACAAGACUGAGUGACAGAUACUACAUCUUGCGACCAGAAGUCAUCGAGAGCUACAUGUACAUGUGGAGACUGACCCACGACCCCAAGUACAGAGACUGGGGAUGGGAGGCUGUGGAGGCUCUGGAACAGCACUGCAGAGUGGAGUCUGGUUUUUCGGGGAUCCGGGAUGUUUAUACCAUGACAGCCAGCCACGACAACAUGCAGCAGAGCUUCUUCCUGUCAGAGACACUUAAGUAUCUUUAUCUGCUCUUUUCUGACGAUGACCUCCUCUCUCUGGAAGACUGGGUCUUUAACACCGAAGCUCAUCCGCUGCCUAUAAUCCGUAAGAGCUGCCUGCAGGAUGAACUAACAGAAGAAAAGACCGUCUCUGAAUAAAACCACUCACCAACCAAGACGUAGAUAAUUCUGCACAAUUUAUGUGUGCACAGUCAAACAAAAGUUGCAAAUACCAAUUCAGUGCAGAUUCAGGGUCUUAUAAGGAGUGUGUGGUUGACUCCCUGUUCCUUUCAAGUAAAGGAUGUUGUCGUUUUAUGCUGUGAUUGUAUAUCCUUUCGCCGAGGUUCCUUCCUACUGGCACUUCUUUUUUGCGGACAAUCAAAACAAACAUGACUUUCAUGAAGAGAUACCUUUUUCUUUCCUUCUUUCCUCUGUGAGGAAACCACUUUAACGUACAGACCCAAAUGUAUGGGAGAAGGUUUGAACUAUGGGCUAUACUGUCAGAGAGAUACGAACCACUUGAUUUUCGAUCAUUAUUUUAGUUUACUUUUACUGAUGACGUUUUCCCUUUAGACUUACUUCUGCUUUUCUUUUGUGAACUCUUUAGCCAAAGGUUCUAUCUGUCGCCCUCUUUUAAAGUAAACUGUUUUGAUGAAAUUUAAAGGAAAGAGUGAAAUAAUGUACAGAUAAACACAAAAUGUGACUCUCUAAUCCACCUCGAAACUAAUUUUGAUGUCAUGUUUCUUAUUGAAACAAGGAUGAAUGCAUUUUUUAAAGGACAGAGAUGUCAGGAAAGAGGCUUUGUCUUAUGCAUCCAGGGACCACUUAAAAAAAUGUGUUUCCAGUCUAUGCUCUGGUAAUUUUUUGUUUUCCCAACAGAACCGUGUUUGCUUAGCCUUUCACAAUACAAUGGAGCACUCUCCGUCCUUUCACUGUAAAAACAAAGCAUCAAGAAAAAAAUGAAGACAUCUGUGAACUAGCUUCAGAUGCCUUUUCUUUUGGGAGUUUUCCUGCCUUCACAUACAGCCACAGUGAUGUUGCAGGUUUUUAAGCUGCAGAGACAAGCUUUUAUUUUCUAUCACUGUUCUGUUAACAGUUGCUCUUCUGCACAGUCGUGGAGUGAAUGUGCUAUAUAUACAGACGAAGUGAGUGGCACCUGUGUGAGCUUUGUCUUUUCUUAAGCUUCUGUCUCUUUUUCGUUAUCUUUUUCUAAAACUUCAGUCAUUGUUUUUCUGGGUUCUCUUUAAUUUGCUUCCCUCAGGUGUUUCAGUAAAAAAAAUAUAAAAAAAAAGUCUAAUUUUAAGUCUAGUUAUUGCUGAUAUUAAUUAUUGUUAUGACCAAUUCUUACUGUUUGAUUUUAUUUUGAUUGUUAAAUAUUUUCAAAUACUGAUUAAAAAGAAACUGUGCAACUUUGUACAUUUAAAGCAA